CAGCUGCUGAAGCAGAGGCGGCCGACUGGCUUCCCCCCCGGGCCGUCGGGGCUGCCAUUUAUCGGCAACAUCUACUCACUGGCCGCCUCCGGCGAGCUUCCCCACGUCUACAUGAGAAAGCAGAGCCAGAUAUACGGCGAGUGAGCAGUGUGGGCCUGACUGGCCAGGAGCAUCCUCAGAGCAAACACUGGGACUGCGCUGCCGGGGGGCCAGCCUCCCUUCCAAGGUGCCCUGACCUAAACUCACAGCAGUCCCGCCGACCUACCUCCGGCCUUUGCAGAGAAGCAAAGUGCAGCACAGAAAUGCCGAGGGACUUGCACACAGCCGGGCCGCUGCUCCCUGCAGAGCAGAAGGCCAGAACUCCAGCGUGUGAUGGGAAGCGUGUCGUGACCUCAGAAGGAGACAGAAGUUUCCAGAGCAUUGGCGCUGGCUGAGCACACCUGUUCGAUCUUCAGUUUAGAUCUCGGAGGUAUAUCAGCUGUGGUUUUAAAUGGCUAUGAUGUAGUGAAGGAAUGCCUUGUUCAUCAAAGUGAGAUUUUUGCAGACAGACCAUGCCUUCCUUUAUUCAUGAAGAUGACAAAAAUGGGAGGCUUACUCAAUUCCAGAUAUGGCCGAGGAUGGGUUGAUCACAGAAAAUUAGCUGUAAAUAGCUUCCGCUAUUUCGGAUAUGGCCAAAAGUCUUUUGAGUCUAAAAUCCUAGAAGAAACCAAAUUUUUUAUUGAUGUUAUUGAAACAUACAAAGGUAGACCUUUUGACUUUAAACAGUUAAUAACCAAUGCUGUUUCAAACAUAACCAAUCUGAUCAUUUUUGGAGAACGAUUCACUUAUGAAGACACUGAUUUUCAGCGCAUGAUUGAGUUAUUUAGUGAAAAUGUGGAACUGGCUGCCAGUGCCUCAGUCUUCCUGUAUAAUGCCUUUCCAUGGAUUGGCAUCUUCCCUUUUGGAAAACAUCACCAGCUAUUUAGAAAUGCAGCUGUGGUCUAUGAUUUUCUCUCCAGACUUACUGAAAAAGCUUCCAUCAACAGAAAGCCUCAGUCACCUCAGCAUUUUGUCGAUGCUUAUUUAGAUGAGAUGGAUCAAGGUAAAAAUGACCCAUCAUGUACUUUCUCCAAAGAAAACCUCAUUUUUUCCGUGGGUGAACUCAUCAUUGCUGGAACUGAAACUACAACCAAUGUGCUACGGUGGGCAAUUCUUUUCAUGGCCCUUUAUCCUAGCAUUCAAGGACAAGUUCAAAAAGAGAUCGAUUUAAUUAUGGGACCCACUGAGACACCUUCUUGGGAUGACAAAAGCAAAAUGCCUUAUACGGAGGCAGUUUUGCAUGAAGUUUUAAGAUUCUGUAAUAUCGUGCCAUUAGGGAUUUUCCAUGCAACCUCUGAAGAUGCAGUUGUACGUGGUUAUUCCAUUCCUAAAGGCACAACAGUAAUUACCAACCUUUAUUCUGUCCAUUUUGAUGAAAAGUACUGGAGAAACCCAGAAAUAUUCUCUCCUGAGCGAUUUCUGGACAGCAGUGGAUAUUUUGCCAAGAAGGAGGCUUUGGUUCCUUUUUCCCUAGGGAAAAGGCAUUGCCUUGGAGAGCAGCUGGCUCGGUUGGAGAUGUUCCUGUUUUUCACAGCAUUGCUCCAGCGGUUUCAUGUGCAUUUCCCACACGGGCUGGUUCCCGAUCUGAAGCCCAGAUUAGGCAUGACAUUGCAACCCCAGCCCUACCUCAUCUGUGCAGAAAGACGCUGAAAGUGCAUGGACAUCUUGUGGGACAAUGUUAUCUGGUUGCCUUUUAGCCCUGAACCUUGUUUAUCUAAUCAGUGUGUGUGUGUUUGGACAAAAAGUCACAGCAUCACAAAGCCAAAUGAACACAGACAUGUGUUUGAAAAUAGUACUAAAGCAAUAAUAAGCAUUGCUGUGGUUUUUUCCAAGCUUUUGUGACUUCUAAGGUGGAAUUAUCUGUGGAGGAAAACAAACGUGCAAAUGACAGAUGUUGCUUAAGAAAGCCGGGCCAUGGGUGCUCUGAGCACCUGGUACCCUUUUUCGUUUCUUGACUCCAUCUUGCUCUUGUCCAGGGGGCUUUGCUUCCAAAUGCCAAUGCCAGUUCCCUUCUGAUAAGAUAUUAUCAUUAAUGGGUAGUGUGGUAGGAGUCCAGUUUAAUAGAGGACUAAAGAAAUUAGAACCUAAAUAAAUUAGUUUGGAGUACAAAGAUAUUUUAGACAUAGUGGCAGAUAAUAGAGGAAAUAUCUAUGUAUAUAAGAAACUGCCAGUGCUUUCAAAUCUUGCUCGCUAUUAUGUCUGCCUAAGAAUUACCUUAUUCUUAUUACAAAUGAGGGUCCCUGUGACCUGGGUAUUCAUCCUACCACAAGUCAGUAAAAGGAAAUAACAGUAAUUUAAUUAUAAUAAAAAAUGAUAUUCCAAAAGUAAUUAUUCUUUAUAGGCACAGACAUUUUUCCUAGUACCAUUUUUUUUCUAAACCAUCACAGCUCUUAAAGCUGGAAUCGUUUUACCUUUUAAAGGUCUCCAGCCAUUUCCUUGAGUUACUGUUAUUUUUCUGAAGAGAAUACUGUACAAAUCCAAAAAACAUGCUUUAGAGCCCGAGUAAAUGUGUACGUUGGGAUACUUGAGGAUGGUGGGCUUCUAGUAGUAAUGAUGCCAGGAAAAUAAGCGUGAACUGUGACUGUCCUGCUCAAACUGCUAUGUAUAUUCACCCAUUUAUAGUUGUUGUAACGUGAUUUCUUCUAAUGUUAUACAUCAAGGAUUUCUGCUCUUGUAACUUGGCUCAUGAAUAGUUAGUUACAGCCUUAGAGUAAAUGCACUUAACAAUGACUUCUAUUAAGAAUAUGAAUUUAACUUUAAUAUUUUCAAGUUUCUGUGUGAUGAAUCAGUAGUCUUUGCAUCUCUGAUAUAUUAAGAUGUUUCUGGUUGCAAGAGGAAAAAGUCCUGGGCAAAUUUACUUGAAUGAUAAAGGAGAAAUUAGGCGGUAGUUUGGCAGUUUGAGAGUAGGUAUGAGCAUGUAGGUCAUAGGAUAGAUCGUCAAGGAUCUCUUGUUCACAUCCCUCAUUUUUGCCUCCCAGAUGGUCUCAGCUUUAUCUUAAGACUGACUUGCGGAAGUACAUGUGCUUUACCUCCUUGUUGAGACUGAGCUUGGAUUGUUUCUGGGGGAGUGAGGGAGCUUUUUAGAUAUUCUCCCAAAACUGUUUUUUGUGUCCCUUAGGUCCUAACUAAGUUACGUGCUCAUCUUUUAAACCUAUGUCUUUUGAGUGGGAUUAUGGUUCACUUAGGCCUGACUAUUACAGCCAUGGAUGGAGUUGGCUUCCUGCAAAGUACAUGUGCUACAUUGGGGCAGUAUAGUUACCUAAACAAAAAUAAGGAGAGUUAUGAGGAGAAGAGGAACUCCUGACUAGCAGACUAAUUAUGAUAUCUAACUCACUGCCCUCUAACCUUUUGCUAAGCCAAGCAACUUUCCCACUUGCUUCCCUGACUCUUGACAAUUUUGGUCAUUCAGAUUACUGUUUGUUCUUUGCUUUUACUUUGACACAGCAAAUCUGUCAUCCCCGGGCCUCCUACUUACUGUCAUUUCUCCUAUAAAUGCUUAGGUUGAACUCUAUAGACUGGGGUUUCUGUAAGCUUAGUGGUCUGAGCAAAGAAUUUAGUGAACUGGAAUAGAUUAUAAUCCAAGUUAAGGAGGUCUUAUUUUGCUCUUGAAUACUAUCACUGUUUUUUUUCUAGGAUGAUUAAGACCUUCAUAAAUCUAUAGAGAAUAAAGAACAUGCUAUUUAUUUUCUUUACUGUUAGAAAUUACCUAAAGGAAUGUUCUAAUUUUUCUUACUGAAGUUAAUACCAACCUGACAAAAAUCUUUUACAAAAUGUAGAUUUUUAACUUGUAAAGGUAAAAGAGCUUUAAUCUCACUUACUGUACUCAUAUUGUAGCCAAGAAAUAGGGGUUCAGAUAGGUAGGGGAAGUGAUUUCCCUAAUUCAUUACAAAGGCAUGUUCUUCAUCCCAUAUUCUUUUUACUCCAAAUGAUUUUUACUAUGCUUUACAGUUUAUUGUAAGGUUGGUUUUUAUAUAGUGUCAACUGUUGACUGUUUGGGGCCAAGUAACUGUGGUAGAAAUAAAAUACUGAAUUUUUGGAAAAACAAAAAAAA